AUGGCGCAGAACUGCAUCUUCAGGCAAACAUGCCGUGGCAAAAGAGAUGCUAAAUCUCUCAAUGUCUUAGUCAUGGGUGGUGAUGGCGUAGGGAAGCGUACUCUAAUUUCCAGACUGAUGGAUUGCUGGAAAAAGACCGCCACGUCAAUUUCUCAACUGGCUACAGAUGAUAUCUUGGGCAUUGGUGGAAAGACCCUGGACAUACGUACCCAAGAAGCGUCCACGGGUAGAAUGUCCUUUCUUCAAAGAAUACCAACAAGCGAUGUUUACCUUCUGAUCUAUUCCAUGAUAGAUGAUGCUUCUUUUCAGAUUGCAGUGAGCAUAAGAGAAAGGAUUCUGGCACAGAAAGGACCAAACGUUCCUAUUGUGUUCGUGGCCAACAAGACAGACAUUGGUCAAUCGGUGGACCAGAUCGAGAGAGUUUAUAGGGAUCUCAAUAUCAGCUGUGAAUGGGAAAAUGGACAUGUGGAGAUAUCAGCUGAGAAAGAUGAGAGUGUUUACAAGGUACUGGAGCAAAUUCUGAAACGUUACAAGAAAUAUGUUGGAUUAACGUCAAGAACUGAACGUACACCAGAAAAUCCAUCAAGGUUUCAAGCGUUCAAGAAAUUGUUCUUUAAGUAA